AUGUUGCCUCAUCUUCACUUCAGCCUCAAAGACAAGGAAACACGGUAUUGGCAGAGAUACUUGGACUUGAUCCCGAAUGACUCUGUGAGGCAGAAAUUCAUCAUCCGCUUCAAGAUCAUCACGUAUAUAAGAAGUUUCUUGGAUGAACUGGGAUUCCUAGAGAUUGAAACUCCCCUGAUGAACAUCAUCCCAGGGGGAGCUGUGGCCAAGCCUUUUAUCACCUACCACAAUGAGCUGGACAUGAAUUUAUAUAUGAGAAUUGCUCCGGAACUCUACCAUAAGAUGCUGGUGGUUGGUGGCUUCGACCGGGUGUAUGAAAUUGGACGCCAGUUCCGGAAUGAAGGAAUUGAUUUGACUCACAAUCCUGAGUUCACCACCUGUGAAUUCUACAUGGCUUAUGCCGACUAUCAUGAUCUCAUGGAAAUCACAGAGAAGAUGAUUUCAGGGAUGGUGAAACACAUUACAGGCAGUUACAAGGUCACCUACCAUCCAGAUGGCCCAGAAAGCCAAGCCAAUGAGAUUGACUUCACCCCGCCCUUCCGGAAAAUCAGCAUGGUAGAAGAGCUUGAGAAAGCCCUGGGCAUGAAACUGCCAGAAACGAAUCUUUUUGAAACUGAAGAAACUCGCAGAAUCCUUGAUGAUAUCUGUGUGGCAAAAGAUGUCGAGUGUCCUCCACUCCGGACCACCGCCAGGCUCCUUGAUAAGCUUGUCAGGGAGUUCCUGGAGGUGGCGUGCAUCAAUCCUACCUUCAUCUGUGAUCACCCACAGAUAAUGAGCCUUCUGGCCAAAUGA